UUACUAUUUACAUGAUAAAUAGCGGUCAAAACAGAGGUGGUGGCGGACGCUGCACAAUGGCCGCCGGGGGAGAAGACAUCCAGGGGCGGAAAUUUCCAUUUUUCGAAGGCGGUGACGGCGGGGUGUGGCGGAGCGAGGCCGGACCAGCGUGGCGAGGGACCUGCUACCCCGUAACGCCCCUAACACCGCAGCAAAGCCCUCAAUUCCCCGCGCAGGACCCGAGGAACCCAGUGAUGGAGAAGAUAGUGUACGCAGGUGUGUCCCUGGAGAUCCCAUCAGAGGUGUGUGAGAAUAUCAACAUCCUCUUUGAAAUGAUAUCGCCGGAUACGUGGAACAACCAUCUCACUGACGAACACCGCGAGAGGCUCAUGGGGUUUCUUCCCACGUUCCCCCAAAAUGACCUGCAGGAGAAGACACGCACUCUGGAAAUGUUUUUUAUGGAUGAGAAUUUCCGCCACGGCACUCCACUCCGCCUCUUCCACGAGCAGCUGUGUAAAGGAUUCUUCAACCCAGAGAUUGCCAAGAUGAGAGCCAUCCACAAGAAGAUUCUGUUCAAGGAGUACAGGUACAGACAGAAGCAGUACCUACACCACACCCUGGAGGAGAUCCUGGUGAGGCGGAAGAGGGUGCUGGACAUAGUGAGCAGCAUGCCACCUGAUGACGUGCCCAAGAUACCCAGACUGCCUCCACUGCACAACAAGAAGAAGAGCUCCAGAACCUCCAUUGAGUACUGCACCAAGAAGCGAUACUUCCGGGAGCUGGCGGCCAUCAAGGCGGAGGUCGGCGACACCAGCGACCUUUCCGAGGAUGAGAUCUACCCAGAGGGGCCCGGUGCGUCGCUGAACAAGAAGCAGCGGCGGCAGCUUGGGGGCCUAGAGUCGUCGCUGCCGCCAGACCUGCUGCCGGUGCGCGCCACUCACAGCAGCGGCUCCCUAGCACUGGACCUGGAGCUGCGCAUCACACCCACCAACAACCCACUGGACCUCACCGAUGACCACUUCAGAGCCAUGCUGGCAGCACACAGGCUCAGGCGCACCAAGAGAGAGAGCUCGGUGGACCUGGACACACGCGGCAUCACCCUGCAGGACAUCAUCACCCGGGCACAGGUACAAAUGAAGCGGCCACCACAGAGGACCACCGCCUCACCACUGCCUCCUGAGCGACCCAAGAAGAAGAUAAAGAUGAAGAAGGAAUCCCCAUCGUCACUGUCCUCCUCCUCCUCCUCCAUGAUGCUCCCGUCCUCCACCGCAUCACACCACUCCCUCCACCACAUUGAGCUCCCUGGCGCCACUGUGGUCAAGACGGAACCACAGAGCGACACUGAAUCUUCGUCGUCCUCGUCCUCGUCCUCGUCGGUCAGUGAUUCGGAGGAGACGGAGGUGAAGAAGGAAGUGCCGCCCGUCGUCCUCAGUCCUGUCAAGGGAAGAGUGGUGGCAAAGGAAACAAGGGUGAAGUUGGAGCCACAAGACCUGCCGCUGGAGGAGGUGGAGGUGGGCAGCUUGGUGGGGAUGGAACAGCUGCCUAUAAAGGAGGAGAAGUUCAAGGAGGAAGUGAAGGAGGAGAUGAUGGAGGACCAGGUGACUGCUGCUGCCAUAGAAACCUCCUCAGAACUCACGGCGGCAUUGGAGAGCAUCGGUGCCUGCAUUGCGCCGGAGCUGACCCAGGAGACACACAUCUGCUUCUUCAGCCUGGCCAGGGACAUCAUCUGCUCGACAGGGGAGCAGCGGAUGACUCGGGCACAGCUGGAGUCAAGCAUCCGUGUGUGGCAGGAGUCAGCCAUCGCGCCUCUCAACGAGUGGUACUCCCUCGUGCCCUCCUGGGUAGACAUCCUCCCCUCCGCCAUCAACUUCCUCUGUGGCCACUUCACGGAUGUACAGCCAGCAGACUUUGUGCCAUAUAUAGAGUACAAGAGUCAGCUGAAGGUGUACCAGUGGAUCGGUGCCGGCCGGGACAGUGACGGACACCUGGAGCCACUAGCACAGUUCUGGCUGGCUAACAAGUCCUCGAUGAGCAGUGAGUGGAUUGAGGAUGACUUGGUGGGCACUAAGCUGGAGGUGGAGGAAAGUGAUAUUAUCCCCCCUCCUCGCUGCUACACCAAAUGGACAGUACAGGCAGCCACGGACACUGAAAAGGAACUGUAUCGUGCUCAAGAGAAACUACGCUAUGAAAAGCCACACAAAGCCUACACAUACAGAAUGCACGGCUAUGAGAGUGUAGUGGGGCCAGUGAAAGGGAUCUACACCCAGCAGACAGGACUCAACAAGGCUCGUGGUCACUCCCUGCUGGUGCCCGACAGACCCGCAUAUGUCACCAUCCUCUCCCUCGUGAGGGAUGCUGUGGCGCGGCUGCCGAACGGGGAGGGCACACGUUCGGACAUCUGUGAACUACUGAAGGAGUCACAGUAUUUGGCCCCGCUGACCACCCCCACUGCGGAGAACAACCUGAACAGUGUGGUGUCGGGUGCCCUGGAUCGCCUGCACUAUGAACACGACCCCUGUGUCAAGUAUGAUACCCCCAGGAAGCAGUGGAUCUACCUUCACCGCAACCGUAGUGAAGAGGAGUUUGAGCGCAUGCACCACCUCAACGGUCCGGGCGGCAACAAGCUGAAGAAGCCGGCGCCGCGCAGACAGAGCCGCACCAAGACCAAGGAGCCCGUCACACUCAAGGCCGCACCCAACGUGGCUCUCGAACCCCUUACCCCUGUGGCCAAGGCGGAGAUGAAGCUGAAGCAGGAGGAGAUGGCAGUGCUGGCUAAACCUAAGGCAGAGAGUCCGGUGAAGCUGGAGCACCUCGGGGCAGCAGGCAUUGGCAAGGCACUGACUUCUGUAAGAGUUGGUGGAGUGCGUGGUGCGGUGGGUGCCAGCAGUGUGCAGACAAUCCAGGUAUCCACCACAGGAGGCGUCCAGACUAUCAAGGUGGCCCUCCCCCCUGGAGCACAGACACUUACCAAGGUCAACCCACAGACACUAGCCAAGGUUGGCACGCAGGCGGUGAGUCGAGCGGCCACCCAGAGCCUGGCCAAGAGUGCGGCGGCGGCGGGCCUGAAGGGAGUGAACCUGCAGCAGACUGUCCUUCAGGCGGGGGUGGCAGGGCAGAACCUGGGCCCAGAAUCUGUCCUCACCACCCAGCACCUCACCACCCUGCCUGCUGGGACAGUCGGUGCAGCCAAAACCCGUGCCCCAGUUGUCACCCUCACUACAAGAGAGGCUGCCAGAUUACCAGCCCCCUCCAUUGCUCAAGCCCGGUCAGCCCCCCCAGCUGCAGCCUCCUCUCCAGCCAGCCAGCAGCCUCAGCAGUCCCCGCAGCAUGUGUCUCAUAACCCUACACUCUCCUCACAGGUGACGAGCAGUGGCAUGGCAAUGGGCAAGCUCUCCAGCACAGCCACAGUCGUCAACAUGAGCUCUGCUGCUGCUCAGAAGUCCAACCUCUUCUCCCUUGGUGGCAUCAAGCUUCUACAGGCAGCACCUCAGCAGCUGGGAGGCAAGGCAGGGUCAACCUCUCCUGCCAUGGUUAACUCAAUCACCAAGCUGCAGACCCUGAUGGUGGACGGCAAGGUGCUGAUGCAGGGAGGCAAGGUAGGUUGGGCAAGCACUGGCCGCAAUGUCACCAUGGCGGGCGGUGUGGGCGGCAAGCAGGUGAUCACUGGUGUGUUCCCCGGCCAGCAGAUUGCCACAGUGGAGAGUCUCCUCAGCCAGUCAGAGAAGACCACACAGAUACAAGCUGGUGGAGUGAUCACCACCAUGGCGGGCAACAAGCUGGCGAGUGGCAACGUGAUCCAGCUGGCCGGUGGGGCGGGCGGCGUGCAGCGGCUCACUCUGGUCUCCCCGCAAGGCUCCCACGUCCCCCUCACCACCACCAGCCAGAGACUCGUCCUGGCCACUGGCUCCCAGGGUGGCAAGCUGGAUGGGUCUAGCAGCAAGGCACAAGUGGUACAGACCAUUCAGACCCUCCAGCCAGCCAGUCACGUGGUGCAGAGUGGACCAGGGGGCGUCACCACCACCACCGCCACCACCUCAACCACUGCUGCUGUCACUACCUCCACCACCUCCACCACCAACACCAGCACCCAUGUCAUCACCAGCCCUGUAGCCUCCACCACCACCACGUCCCAGGCCAGGUUCUUCUCAGUGGGCCAGCAACCAAAGACUAUCGUUCAGGGCCUGAAUGUUGCCGGCAAGCCGUCCGUGCUGUCGGGCGGCAUCCGUCUUGUGCAGCCAGCGGUGAGUGGAGGUGGAGGCUCCACCACCACGGGGAAUCUCAUCACCAUUGGUGGCAAGCAGGUCCUGCUCACCUCCAAGCCGUUUGCCCAACAGGGACAGGUGCAGCAGGUGAUGCUGACCAGUGGGAACCUGAAGGGUGGUCUACAGGCCUCCCAGGGGUCAUCAGCGGGGGCUGGACCGGGGGCGGUGGUGGUGGCCAGUGGGGCAGGUGGCCAGCAGAUAGUGCUGCCUGCCUCAGCACUGCAAGGCUCACAACUCAAUCUGAAGGGUCUGCAGGCAUUCCAUACCCUGAAGGUGAUCCCUGCCUCGCAGGUCACACAGCAGCAGAGAGGCAAGCCAGUGCUGGCGAGGAUAGUGUCUCCAGCCUCGGUCCGCAGCGCUGUUCCCACCACCACCACCACCUCACUGCCACCCAGCACAGCCCCCUCAGGACAUGACCCUAAUAAGUCAUAACUCAUCAGCAAGCGUGUAGAGGAAGGCAAGAGGAGUUCACUAUCAUCACUAUCACUGCUACCGCCGCCACCACCACCGCCACCAUCACUUCUUCCAUAACACAGCAUAAUGUUUAAAGUGUAUAAUUUUUUCCCAUGUAAGUCAUAAGUUUAUGUGAUUUCUACUUUAUGUGUGUGUAUUGUGAUACAGACUCGUUUGUAGGAGUGUGCUCUCAGUGUAAGUGUUCCCUGGUCAAACUUUGCAGGUCAUCCAUCACCAAUAGUGCGACUAAAUGACUGGCUCACGUUUCAAACUGGAUGGCUGGCCGGUGUGUAUUGGUGUACUGGUAGGGAACAGGUGCCUUGGGGGUCAGGAGGUUGGGAACUCAUCUGUUAAUAUGAUUUACUAUUCACAGUGUGUGUGUGUGUGUGUGUGUGUGUGUGUGUGUGUGUGUGUGUGUGUGUGUGUGGGUUCACUUUACAGUGGUCUCAUUACAAUUCGGAGAAGAG